AUGUACGAUCCUCCACCAGAACGUCCUUUAGAAUCAGAUUGCUGUGGCUCUGGAUGCUUACCAUGUAUUCUUGAUGUUUAUGAAGAUGAAUAUUCUCGUUGGAAAAUUCGUCAGACCAAUCAUUCUGAUCAACUACGUCGAGAUAUGCUGUCUGUAACAAAGAACAAGCCAUUUAAGAUAGCAGCAAUAGAACAGCUUAAUAAAAAUACACGGCUGUACACAUUUAUAGCAUAUCCAGAAACUAAUGGCUAUUUGCCUAUAAUAUACACCCAGCACAUCUUUAUACAAGUUGACAACAUUACUCGACCCUUUACACCAAUUUCUCUUAGUGAAAAUUGUUCUUUCAAAGUAUUAAUCAAAUCUUAUAUUAAUGGAAAAUUUUCAGAAAAACUCAUUAAAAAAUCCAUUAAUGAUAUAGUAUACGUAAGAGGUCCAUCAGGAGGAAUUCAAUUUAAUAAUGCAGAUAAAUUAAAUAUGUUUUGUGCUGGUUCUGGUAUUGCUGCAUUUAUAGGUUUUAUUCAGACAAUUCUUAAAAAUGAAAAAUGUUUCACCAUUAUAGAUUUGCACUAUUCUUGCAAAACUUUAGAUGACAUUUUAUUGCGUAAAAUGCUGUUUGAUUUUAGUUUGUUUUGGAAUUGUAAAAUAUCUUUAUACUUAACUAAGGAAGAGGAUUGGACAAAAUGUUCUGAAUCAUUUUGGUAUAAUGAAACUUUUUUCAAAGGAAGAAUUUCAGAAAGUGUUAUUAAAGAUAUCAUAAAUAAAAAUAAAAAUUCUCAAUCUUUAUGGUUUAUAUGCGGUACUAAUGAUUUUAACCAACAUUGUUUAGAUUGUCUAUUAAAAUAUAACAUUAACAAAGAAAAUAUUCAAAUAUUUCAUGAUUACCUUAAGAAAAAAUAAUAUUUUGUUAUUGAAUGUAUUUUAAAAAACAAAUUAAGCUUUUAUAGCUAAAAUUAAAAAUUGUUAAAAUAUAUUAUGAAAUCAUUUAACAUUUUUUUUACUUUAUAUAGUUGAAUAAUAUAAAAAUUAUUUAUAAUAUAAUAAUUUUAUCAUGUUUCAUUAAUUUAGUAAAUAUCUAAAUAUGAUGAAUUGAUAAGUACAAGAUGAUUGAUUAACAUUAUUAUACUUUUUGCGAUAUCUUUAAAAGUAUAUAACAUAAUAAUUUUUUCUUUUCAAAAUUAAGUGUCCUAAUUAUAAUUUAAAAAAAAAUUCUAAAGUAGUAUCAAAUUACAUUUUUUAAAUAGAAACAUGUUUAAUUAGCUUAAAAAUAAAAAAAUGACUUGGCAAUAAAAACUGUUGAACUAGUAUUUUAAAAUAUAUUGGCACUUUUAUACUAGGACAGGAGUAGUAAAGUUCAUAAAUACCCCUAAGAUGAAAUUAAACAAGCCCACUUUACUUCUGUUCUAGUAUUGAACUAUCUAUCUACUACUGCACAUUAUGGGUUGCCACCCAACAGGGUAAUUUGUGUACAUUAUGGAGGUCACAAUUAUUUUAAAAAUAUUUACUUUUUUUAUAAUUGUUUUUUCUAUUUAAACUACAGUUUUCACAAAAAAAAAACCAGAAUUUAAAUUUUUCUUUAAAAUAUGAAGAUUAAAUACCUUUUUUAACAUUUUUUUUGCAAUGAAAAAAUAAAGAUAUUAUUUAUAAUAAUUAUAAAUUAUUGAAAUUCAAAUAGAACAUACAUAUAUAUAUAUAUAUACGUAUAUGACAUCCAAAUUUUGAUAAAUAUUGAUUAAAAACUGCGAGCUAGAGAGUACACAAAUUCGAAAAAAGUAGUUUCGAGAAAAACACGUUUGAAAAAAAAGAGUGGCAGUGAAGGUAGAUUUAAGAUAGUAGUGAGUCAGAUUAAAAAUCUUAAGAAAUUACCAGCUAUUCCAGUCAUAUUUGCAGUCUUUCAUCAGGUUCAUGUGUAUCCUUUUAACACUUAAGGUCGUUCAUAAUUGACUACCUACUCGAACGUUCCGUACUACGUCUAGCGCCCAUUAAACCGGUCAAUCGAAGGACGCUCACUCAAAUGCCUAUAACUUUUAAAUUGAUUGGAAUUUUGCUUUGAAAUUUUCAGAGUAUAUCCUUUAAUAAUUCUUAAAUCGAUUAAUGAAAAAAAAAAUUUUUUGAAGCCUCUACAUCUAUUUAUAUUUUUAAAAAUAUGAUUUCACUUAAAAAACUCAAGUUGAUACUACUUUAAAGGUUUUUAAGGGGGAUAGGACCAAUUUUUUUUUUUUGAAAAUUUUAGAAAUAGUAUUCUAUUAAUUUCUGGAAAGAAAAAACUGUAAAAACUUUUAAAUAUAUUGCGAGAAGUUCUCAUCAGUCGCUUUAAACUUUUUAGAAUGGAAAAACCAUUUUAAACCUAGUACUUUUUAAAACAUAUUUUCUUUUAUAAAUAACAAAAAAUGUUAUCUAGCAUAACAUAACUUUAUUGUAGUUCUCUAGUUUUUUGUGGUUAGCACUAAGAACGCUUUGAUGCAAAUCUGUAGAUAGUAUUUAAUUUUAAGAAAUUGAUAGAUUAUUUUAAAAGCAACAAUAACUCUUAUUCCCUUAAUUUUAUCCCGAUUAGUUUUUUGAUUUAUAAUUAUAAUAUAUGAAUAAAUAAUAAUUAUAGUAAUUAAAUUUAGUAUGAAAUUGAUGUUCAAUAAUUUAAUAUUGUAAUAUUUACGGAGAUAUUAUAGAAAUAAUAAAGUAUAUUUAUUUAAU